CUGACCUCGUUCCUGCGCCCUCAAACCCAAACGUCUUGCAACCUCCAGACCACCUCACCAGCCCUUCCUAAUUGCCAACCUUCUGCAUUCCAACAACCCGACCUCCCCUCCCCACAACGGCCAGCGAAAUCACGACCUCUUCCGCAACGUAACCCGCGACACACCCUCAACACCAUCACAUCCUCCUUUUCCAGAGCUCGCGCUUGAAGCCUAAUCGACAACAACCAAUCCAUUGCGUAUUCAGCCACCCUCAAAAACAAUGUCCGACGCUCCGUACGACCCUUAUAUCCCCAGCGGCCAGCAUGGCGCCGCCGGGCAACAAGGUGCCGGCAACAACGCGGGAACCGCCAGACUGCAACAGCAAAUCGACGACACUGUCGGAGUGAUGCGCGAGAACAUCAACAAGGUCUCUCAGCGUGGUGAAAGGAUCGACGCCCUUCAAACCAAGACCGAUGACCUCGCUAUUAGUGCACAGGGCUUUCGUCGUGGUGCCAACCAGGUCCGCAAGAAGAUGUGGUGGAAGGACAUGAAGAUGCGCAUCUGCUUGAUUGUGGGCAUCAUUAUCUUACUCGUAAUUAUCAUUGUCCCAGCAGUCGUUGCUACGCGCUAAGCUGCUCGUGAAUGAUUUGGUUAUGAUGAGUGAAACAGAAACGUUGUCAGGAAGUGCACGAAGCUGGAUUUGGCUUGCUUUUUAGCAUUCGCAGGGAACGGAAAUCGUGCUUCACUGGGAUUCAGUAUUGGGUUGCUUUUUUUUUCUUUUUUCCUUUCGAAACUUUUCAUCGCCGCGGUUAUAUCAUGGUCUCCUCGCUGGUUGAGAUGGCUUUGGCUUUGGUCUUGGUGACGACUUCUUCGACUGAUGCCCGGAACCACACGACCUGCUAGAGGCGGCGCGGAAAGGUUCAUCGCUUAUACCAUAUACACCCUGUAUCUACGAGACGAAAGGCGAGGAGGCGUACUGUUGUUUUCUCAACUCUUGAAUGGCUAAUCAAGACGGUAUCAUGACCCAUCCACCUACUAAUAGUAAUUCUACCUUUCCCUAUCACCCA